AUGCAUGUAAGGUCCAAUAUGGGGGAUGGUUUUCGAGUUAGUACUUCAAGUGUGCCCAGCAACUCAAGUCAAGGGUCUGGACCAGAUGACUGUGAAUCUUUGGGCGAUGUCUAUGUUUGGGGAAAAGUGUGGUUUGAUGGAGUAGAUGGAUGUUCAAAAACUGAUGUAUUGCUCCCCAAGUUGCUAGAAUCUAAUAUAGUUUUAGAAGUCCAACACAUUGCUUGUGGUGCUCGACAUGCUGCUCUUGUAACAAGACAAGGUGAGGUAUUCACUUGGGGUGAGGACAAUGGUGGAAGACUUGGUCGUGGGUAUCAUACGGAUUUUAGUCAUCCUCAACUUAUUGAAUCUUUGGCAAUAUACAACAUAGACUAUGUUGUUUGUGGAGAACAUCAUUCGUGUGCUAUAUCAGUAUCUGGUGAUCUAUAUACAUGGGGAAAUGACAAUUUGCAUGUUGGAUUUCUUGGUCAUGGAACAGAUGUCAGCCAUUGGAUUCCUAAAAGAGUUUCUAGUCCCCUUGAAGGAUUUCAAGUGUUAUAUGUUGCAUGUGGUUCUUGGCAUUCUGCUUUGGUUACAUUUAGUGGGAGGCUAUAUACAUUUGGUGAUGGCACAUUUGGAGUCUUAGGUCAUGGGGAUCGAGAGAGCAUUGCUUACCCUAGAGAGGUUGAAUCAUUGAAUGGAUUAAAAACUAUAAAGGUUGCAUGUGGAGUGUGGCACACAGCAGCCAUUGUUGAGAUCUCAGGACAAUUUGGUGUUAAUGUUAUAUCAAGGAAGUUAUUUACGUGGGGUGAUGGAGAUAAAUAUCGUCUAGGUCAUGGUGAUAGAGAAUCUAGGUUAGUCCCCACAUGUGUCUCAUCACUUAUUGAUUACAACUUCCAUCAAUUAGCUUGUGGGCAUACUCUCACUGUUAGUUUGACAACUUCAGGACAUGUUUUUACAAUGGGAAGCACUUGCUAUGGACAACUUGGAAACCCUCACUCUAAUGGCAUAAUUCCAUGCAUUGUUCAAGACAGGCUUGUAGGAGAGUUAGUUGAGGAAAUUGCAUGCGGAGCAUAUCAUGUUGCUGUUGUAACAUCAAGAAGUGAGGUGUUUACAUGGGGAAAAGGAGCCAAUGGAAGGCUAGGUCAUGGAGAUAUAGAGGAUCGGACAACACCCACCUUGGUUGAGGCUUUGAAAGAUAAACAUAUCAAAAGCAUAUCAUGUGGUUCUAAUUUUAUGGCAAGUAUAUGCAUUCAUAAGUGGGUUUCCAGCAUUGAUCAAUCGUUUUGUUCAGGAUGUCGACAAGCAUUUAGUUUCACGAGAAAAAGUCACAAUUGCUACAACUGUGGUCUUGUACACUGUCAUGCUUGUAGCUCUAAAAAGGUCAUGAGAGCUGCAUUGGCCCCAACUUUGAGAAAGCCCCAUCGUGUGUGCGACUCGUGUUACACGAAACUUAAAGCAUUAGAAACUAAAAAUGUGUCAUCUGAUGCUAAGAAAUCUCUCACACAUCGGCGGUCAUUGGAUUAUAGGGAAAAAUCUGAAAAGAAAGAAAUGAAGCUUUCAAAGGUUUUGUUAGCACCUAUUGUAGAUCCUCUUAGGUACUAUGAAUCUAAGAUGGUUAAGCAAGGAAUAAAAGAAGAUUUUUCAUCAUUAUCUCAUACAUCUCAAAUUCCAUCUCUAUUGCAACUAAAAGAUAUAUCAUUCUUUGGUUCAAUAAGUGCGCUCCAAGUUGCUUUGAAACCAGUUGUCACAUCAGCAUCUCCUAAUUCUAGGCCUACAUCUCCAUUUUCAACAAGGCCUACUUCUCCACAAUUUAUUACUCCGAUAUUUUCUAAGAGUGCUAUUGACAACCUCAAAAAGACCAAUGAACUUUUGAAUCAAGAAGUGCUAAGAUUACAAGCUCAGGUAGAAUAUUUUAUAUAUGUCAUGUUAUGCUUUUUCUAAUUUUUCAAUUUGUUAAGAUUACCAUUUGAUUUUUAUUUGACAUCUGCACAUAGGUUAAAGGUUUAAGGCAAAGGUGUGAAGUUCAAGAUGUAGUAAUACAAAGAUAUGAAAAGAAGACUCAAGCAACAUCAGUAGAUGAAGAAGAGUCUUCAAAUUUAACAUUAGUAGAGCUUGACAAAUCUAUGACCACUAAGGUAUUCUUCUAUUUUGUUGUUAUAUGUUAGAAAUCUAGUUGUGCUAUUAACAUUAUUAAAUCUUUGUCAAAAGUUAUGUCAAUGUGAUCAAACAUCAUGAAAUAUAUUUAUUUCUUUACUAGAACAUAGAUUUACAAUUUUGAAGUAAUAUAGAACAUAUUUAUGAUUAAUAAGUGGAUAAAAUUUUCAAUUAAAAGGAGGUAAUUCUUGGCAUUUACUAGUCACAAUUAUACAAAUAUGAAAAACAUAUGAGUUUACAACUUUUGUACCAAUUUGAUUGAUCCAUAAUGGAUUGGUUAAACAUUUCAUUAGAGAGCCUAGUUUUUACUAUUAUGUGGGGUAUCCACUUGUACUUAAAGAAAAUUCUUUAAAAUUUCCCUAAGGGUUUUAACUAAAAAAAGAUUUUACAUUCUCAAGAUAAAAUGGGGAAGAAAUAGAACCUUCCUACUUUCACCAACGCCAUUUAUUAUUGUGAUCUAAUUAUAUGUUUCUCCUAAACUAAUGUCCCAAAAAGAUUUAUUAUAAACUUAUUUUAUCUAAUGACUAGUUUAGUUCUAUGACUAUGAAAUGAGAUUAUUUAUAACUAAGAAUUACUACCUCUAAUUUAUUUUAUAAUGUUUAUAGAAUUAAAUAUAGUCAACUUAGGCAUUACUUUAGUUUUUUUUUACUUUGGUAGACAUUAUUGCGUACACCAUUAGUUUUUUAUGUUCAUCAUGAAGGAAGUUCCUUUAUUUUCGUUUUAUUAUAUUUCAAGUUGCCUUUUGAUUUUGUCCAACAAGAAGAUGAUGAUUGAAAUAUUUUUCAAUUUUUUUGAUAAAUUAGAUAUUUUGUGUUGAAAACAUAAAUAACAUUUUUUAUGCAAUGAAAUGUUUUGCAGAAAAGGGUUGUGGCUACAGAAGGGAUGUUAGAUGCUACAAGGGAUUUUCGAAUUAUAACAUCACAAGUAGAGGGUUCAAAAAUAAAAACAAACAAUAGAAUUAGUCAACCAGACUUUUAUCAAGAUCAUAAAACUAUUGGAUCUAAUCAAGUUGAAAAUGAAAGAAUUGUGAACCUAGGCGACAUUGUUGACUCAACACCAAAUCAUUUUAGUAGUAUGAUGGUAGUUGGCCCUUUACCUGCAAGUCCAGUUGAAUCAAGCAGUCGAUCUAGAAGCCGUUCUGUGUCUCCUUUUUCAAAUCAUGUGUACGUUACUCGAUUAGAGAAUUUUGAUGCAAAGGAAGGCACACAAAAUGGAAGUAUGGAGACUGACCCUCGAUCACUUGAUAUUUCUAUGUCAAAAUACAACAAGGGAGGAAAGGAGGUUAUUGAACAAUUUGAGCCAGGUGUAUAUAUUACAGUCAUUCUACUUCAAGAUGGGACAAAAGUCUUCAAACGAGUAAGAUUUAGGUAUGUGCAUUCUUCCCUAGAUCAUUAUGAUUAUCAAAGGUAAAACUUAUUAUCAUUAUGCUGUUUUAUCUACUUGAAGAGGUUUCCAUGUGAGGUUCAUUAAUGCCUUAAUCUGUCAAAAUAUCACCCUUAAUAUUGAUCAUACUUGUCUAUGAGUGAAAUCAUUUCUAUUGAAUAAUAUGAAUGAUAUCUUGUCUACUUGAUAUAAUGAGACAUUCACUUCAAUAGUUUGGCAUGUGUUUGUAUAAUUAAUUAUAUUCCAUAUAUUUUGUGCAUAUGAUAGAAAAUCAUAAACAAUAAUAUCUCUCAACUAUGAUUAUAGUCUAUUUUAUUUUACAUUUUUUAAUAUCAAUUCUUGAUAGAUGAAAUUUUUUAAUGAGUAGAGUCACCUUUAUAAGUUGAAUACAUGUACACCAUAAAUAAAAUAUUCACUUGAUUAUUUUGUUAAGUUACUUAAUUGCCUAACAUGUAAUCAAUGGGUGAUGGGUGGAUUUAGGCCUACUUAGGUAGAUAUAAUUUAUUUAUUUGUAUACAAAGUUAUUUCUUUGAUCGCAUAAUUAUGUAUUGAGUGGUUUGCAUCAUUGACCAUUCUUUCAUGAUUUUCUUUAUUUUGAUGAUAAAAGUUAUAUACAAUAUAUGCAGUAAGAGAAGAUUUGCCGAGCAUCAAGCUGAAGAAUGGUGGAAGGCAAAUCAAGAUCAGGUCUUCAAAAAGUAUAUCCAUCCAAACACGCAUAUUGCACCAUCUACAUCAGCAUUACCCAUGUUAGGGCCUGACAAAGAUGAUGUUGCCCCAUCUUCAUUAUAG